AAGAGACUUUUUUCCCAGCCUCGUCGUCUUCUGAACCUCCCAUUCCAGGCCAGCCCGGCAGGGUCACCUUCGCAAAGGCCUAGUGCUCCUGGUCUGUUGUUUACCAGCCACUUUUCUCUCAGAGGGACAUAAGAAACCUUCCCCACUCCCGUGUGAAAUAGACUACGGUGGAAACAACCAUGCAGCUAAAGGUGGAAGCAGCUGCCCAAGUUCUGCUGGGCUUUGCCUUUUGUCAGACGUUCAGUGCCCACAUUCCCUGCCGUGAGCCCUCCGAUGCAGAGCUGGAGUCCAUGCUCAGCCACCAUCUUGCUCCUGGAGUUAGCUUAUUGGCUCCAAUGAAGGACGUUUUACCUGACCAGGACCUGAAGUCAUGCCCUGUGAAUGUCAGCCAGACCUCGUCCCGCCUCCAGGACAGGAGCGCCUCCCCGUGGUCAUACAGGGUCAACGAAGACCUGCGCCGGUACCCCCGGAGGGUGCUGGAAGCCUACUGCUUGUGUGAGGGCUGCCUGGUAGACAGGCAGGAGGACAGGUCUGUGCAGAGCGAGCCCUUUUACCAGGAGAUGCCCGUACUGCAGAAAUCUGGCCGGUGUGAGGCAGGCCAGUACAUUUACCAGCCCAGCCGCCUGCAAGUUGCUCAGUUUUGCAUUUGCACUUUCCCUUGAGACAAGCAAAAUGCUUUCAUCUGGGGCCAUCACCCUGCAGCCUGCAUCAGUGCCCCUGCCAACACAACACUGCCACUGUCAUUUGGCAGGGGGAGCGGAACACACGCUGGAGGCUCAGGAACCAGGGCUGGCUCGGGUACUGUCCCUGGAGAAAGACAAGUACCACAGCAAUCCCAUGUAACGGCCAGCAUGCUCACCACGCCUUUGGCUACUGUCAUUCACCAGUGGCACACACUACAGAGGACUUUCCAAUGGCCAGUCCCUUUGCUAAUCUGGUUUACUCCUGUAGGGGGAGGGAUCUAGGCUACAGCCAGGUGGGACUGGCUGUUUUUCAGCUUUGCCAAGUGCUGCUAAGCCAGAGGGGACCUGCAGCCCAUGGAGUUCCCCAGGGCAGCUUGCGGCUAACCCCAUUUUUAAUGCAGGCUCAGAGAGGUCCAGACUACAAGGUGACAGGUCCAGGUCAGGAUGCUCCAUCUUGAUCCAGGGGGUGGAUGCUCGACCAAGAUGGGGCUUCACAUGUGACCUGUCAUCUCUGUGAGCUGCACCUCCACAUUAAACAGGAAGAGAACUGCAAUGUGCUUUCCUGGAAGGCCGCAGCCCUCAAGUUCUGGGUAGGCUGCCCAUGUGGUCCUGGGCUAGACAAUGGUUGAGUGCCACUGUUCAUGGUCCCACACAGCUUGAGAGAAUACAAAGAGCAACUUGCCCCUCAUUCACUUCUCCUGGGUCCUGCAGAGAGGGGAUUUGCUUUGCUGGGAUGGACACGACCAGCGGAUUCCACUCAGGAUGAUCCUAUGGGAUGUGCUUGGUUUGUGGUGCUGCUGUUGUCAGAAAUGUCUUUGCAGCCUGGGGAGCCAGCACAGAAGUGGAACCAGUGGGCUGAGGCGCAUUAAACGGUUAGCGACUGCCCGGCACUUGGGAAUGCUUAAUUCAGAAUCAGGUGCCAUCAGCCAAGGUCCCUUUAGAAACCACGUAAACUCUUGUGUGCUGUUUAAAAGACAACCCCCCAGUGUGGGGCAGCAGUCCAUGCAAACCCGGCAGCAGGGAUGUCGUGAGCUGGUGCGUUUGGCACUAGUGCUUGGGAACACUGCCGCACUGUUGGCUUGUCUUUAGUAAGGGAAGAGAGAGCGUCGCUCCCUGGCCAGAGCUGCAGUCCUGCUGCUCUGUCUUUGGAGGCCUCCAGAAGGCAGGAGGGGGAGGUGGCUUCUUUCCACAGCCGGUGUCCACUGAACUGGGCUGCAAGGCAACAUUGCCCCAGGGAGACCUUAUUGCUAAUUCUCUCCACUAAUAAAUGUUACUCACCUUGCCACAGUGCCUAGCUAUUGGUGGGCACAACAGCUUCCAACUGAGUUUGUAUCAGGCUGGCUGUCCUCACCUGCUCAGUGUUUAGCUAAUGCUUCUGCAGCUCACCCCUGCCCAAGGCUGAGGCUGGCAGGGGGCUGCCGUCCGGGUACAGGCUUCACCAGUCUUCCUUUGCCAUGUUCCCAGGGCCCGGCAUGGCUAGUGCCACUCACUCCCAGCUCCCUGUCCUGCAGGACAUCCCAGAAUGCACUGUCCCACGUGCUGCUGGCACCGCUCCCUGUGCAUCUCCUGCUGAGGUACUAUGGGAUAGCUGCCCAGACUCUUCCCACAAUGCCCUGGUGCAAACCGAUUCCAGCAUCGGGCUGGGUGGGAACUCAGAAAAACAGCUUGGGACUGAAGUGGCUGCAUGUAUACAACUCAGCCAUGUUUGUUGUGCACAAGUCAGUUGAGAACUGGUUAAAAACCACGGUGGUAUUUGUGGGGUGGACAGGGCCUUAACUGCUGGUGACAGGCAGGUUCUCCCUCUCUAACACAAGUUGUCUCAGCAAAGACUCAGUUGGUAAUGUGUGGGGAGGGGGGAGCCAUUUAGGGGCAGUGAGGAGCCCUUCCUGGUUCCCCAGCCAAGCCCUUGUGGAGGUUCAUAAACCAUCUGGCCAAAGUUUCCUCAUUUUUCAUGUUGCCCAUGCCCCAGCACUUCCACGCUCCUGCCCAAGCAGGAGCAGAAGAGGGGAAAUACCAGGAGAAGCCCAGCCUGGUUUUCAGGCUUGGGAGGGGGUUUAGACCACCAUUCAGGUGUAUCCAGUGAUGCAGGGUCCAGCCAUCGCUAAGAACAGGCCUUAUCCUAUUGCAGACCCAGGAAAUGUUUGGGCUGUAAUUGCACAGCAGCUACAAAGCUCUAGCCACCUGAAUCCCCUAGUACGAAGCCUGAUCUGCUUUUCAUCAGCUUGUUCUCGAGUCAUAAGUCCUUAUUGCCUUAGCCGCGGAUGCAAUUUAGUGCCAUUGUCCUUUUCGCUGGGAGGCUGUGGAUGGGGAUAACCUGAAGAUGGGAGACCCUCCAUCACCACAGUGUGGUUCCUCUAGGUUUGGACGGAAAGGGCCAUUAGGGGGAGGUAGUUGUGUUGUACCAAAAUACCGCAGAGCUUUCAUGUGCCAUGGGAAGGCAUUUUGUGCAUGCUGUUAGAGGCUGAUCAGUGCGGCUGGGGGAGCUGACAGGCCCCUAAAGGCUGCCCUGUACAGAGAGAAGGCUGCUGUCAUGGGGUACACUCACCACAAAGGCGCCUCCUCCUGGUUGCUCCAGGGAUUAGCUCUUUCCAGGUCUGAUGCCCCCUUCUGCUGCUUGUUACAUUCCCUGCUGCCUGUCUCUCACUCUCUCAGACUCUGGGUGCCUUGCCUUCGAAGCUUGGCCCUCCGGCCCAGCCUCUAGGUGUUUUCUCCCUUCCAGGGUACCAAUCUUUCCAUACAAAUUGUCUUUGGCAAUCUUCCCAUUUACUGUCCAGAGGGUGCUAUGUCCCCGGUGACUGGUAGGCGAACCCAGGCCCACCCUCUACUGUGCAGCCAAGGUCUGCAUCAUCUUCCUGAGCCUUUUCCUACACCCUUUGCCCUAGGAUUCCUUCCUUCCCUCUCUUAUAUCCAGAGAGCAGCAACAGGUGCCCUCACUGCAGCUCCCUUCUGCUACCAGUUUCCUGGCUUUAUCCUGCCCCACCUGUUCUUUCUCUGCUGGGCACUGUCAUCACUCAGGGGAUUAACUGGGCCACCUAAUUCCCCUCAUCUGGGGCCUAGCUGGUGAAUUGGCCCCUUCUCAGCCUCAUUAACCCCUUCCAGGUUGGUGUGGGGUUCACACCCCAGCAUGGUAGCAGAGCAGUCCCUUGACAAAUGCCUGGUUUGGUUCACAGACACAGCCAACUCACUGUACCAAGAGCUUCAUCUCCAAAUUGAAAAGGAUGAGAUUUUCUCCUCCCCUUUAUGCUGGUCUCUGAGGACUCCAGAAGCCCUUUCCUAGGGGACGUGCAUAUUGGUUCAAUCCCAACAGUGCAUCCUGCUUUCUGUCCUGCAUAGCUUGGAUGAGGGGAACCAGUUUGGCAACUUCUGAACACCUUCCUUCCACCUGUUUCACUGCUGCUCCUCACACCCUGCCUCAGUGCCAGCAGCUACGUAGCCGUAGCCAUCGGUUAGUGGGAGACUCCCACCUCGGUGCCAUUUUGUUGUGCCAACCGGCCAAUCAUGGGGUUUGAAUUAUGAGCCCUUAAGCCUUAGGGUGUUUUGUAUGGAUGCCUGGAAGAAACCCUUCCAACAGCUUCACCAGGAUGGGAAUCACAGGCUGUGGUGCUGACCACGCCCUAGGCGCAGCUCAGUUCCCUCUGGCAGCAUGAGUUCCCUGUGCUCACUGAGUAUUGGGGCAUAGAGGUUAGGGAAGUGCAAAUGCACAGGGCUAACAUUGAAGAAUCCAGCCACAAGGGCCUUUCCCCAGGCCAGAGCCAGCAUUAGAACCCAGAACUUCCUGCUGGCUAGUCCCAGGGCACUAGGCCACAUCUCCCUCCGAGGGGUGACCUCUCCCAGUGUUCUAUGACACGACACCUGAUUGCAAAGGCACACUGUGCUGUGACUCACUGGGGUGCCGUUGUGAUGCCAUGCUAGGUCACAAGAUGACCUACAACUGAUCCAGUGACCAGGUGAUGCUGCUGAGCAGUGCAAACCACCCAGGUGAAUCCCAGUCCAUUGGUUCCCGGUGUGACCUAAGGCAACGCAGCUGAGAGGCCAGCGCCCUGAAUUACUGUACAUCACAAUGGAGCAGGUGUGUGGGCGAGUGAAUCCAGACAAUUCAGCUCACUCCAUGGGUGCUGUUAGGUCACAGUCAUUCCUCCCCUUGGGGUCAGGUGCAGGCCUGUUCCCCAUGGAUAUUCUCCAAUGCUUUCUCUCUUUGGAGAGCAUUCCACAGUCUGGGAUCUCAC